UUAUCGCAUUCACAUCAUGAAUAUUUUCAAAAAUUUUCUGAUUUUUGCCUUCAUUUAUUUCAAUUCUAUUGAAAGUGCCAACAUUCCAACUGAUGAAUCGAAUUCCUUGGUCAAGGUGGAGUCGUUAAAGCUCAAACUUCAACAGCUGGAGUUGGAUGUCAGAAAACAACUCGUUGCUGGAAAAUUGCAAUGGCAAUUGCAGACAUUUCAAAAGUGGUAUCAGGAUGCUGAGAAAUGCUCUCGUGAUAUUUCCUACAUAUUUGAUGACUGGACAAUUAUACAGAGACGCAUUAAUGCCAAUGAAAAUUUCCAUAGAAAUUGGACGGAUUAUAGCAAUGGCUUUGGUGACAAACAAGGAAGCUAUUUUUUGGGCUUAGAGGAAAUUCACCAGCUGACAAACUCGCAACCUCAAGAGUUAUUGGUGCUUUUGGGCGAUGAUGAAGGAAAAGUGGCCUAUGCCAAAUAUGAAAAUGUUGUAAUAGGAAGUGAGAAGGAGAAAUAUGAGCUUAAGGAAUUGGGUGAAUAUAGCGGAGAUGCUGGCGAUUCACUGUGCUAUCAUGUAGGUAAGCAAUUUUCUACCUUCGAUCAGGAUAACAAUGAUGAAAUGCAACGUUGUGCUAAAGUCUGGGUAGGAGGUUGGUGGUUCGGUGAAUGUUUUGAUAGCAAUCUGAAUGGUAGUAACAUGAAACAUAAAUCGGGCUCUAUCUCCAAUGAAGGCAUAGUUUGGAAACACUGGCAUGGCAUGAACUAUUCUUUGGAAUUCGCUCAAAUGAUGAUAAGGUCUAAGGUAUGAAAACAUGAAUUCAAAAACAUUGCCUUGGAUUGAUUAAA